UUGCUCGGGAGGUACAAUAGAUGAGCCUAUUGUUUCCAUCUCACGAUGGUGUUAUCGCCCUUGUUAGUGUCGUGUUGAAGACAAUACAGCUUGUCUUAGUAUUGAUUUUCUGUUGGACCACAGAUGAUGAAUUUGAGAAUGCCGAGCAAAGUAUCGGAAUAACAUGCUGGGUGUCCUCUUUGUAACUAUAUUGUGUUGACUAAUUCAAAUCUGGCAAAUAAUUAACUGUUUUGAAAAUCAGGUGUAAAAUGGUAUAAACUAAAUGCCAGAUCAUGAAUAAGGGGCAUGGUUUGCGGACUCCCUUCCUGAAAACCAUCUUUCCGUGUUGCUUGAUGUCUCAUUAGCAAACACGAUGACAUAAUCACAAAUCGAUCCGAUUAGAUUGCAAGAAAUACAAACUAAUUAUGCCCUUUGUCUCUGUUGAGUCUGUGUGUUUCCAACAGCCAACAAUUACAUAACUCGUACUCCAAGAGUUGAACAUCGAUUGUGUUAGUCGCAGCAGAGGCAUGCAACGUUUCAGCAGCGUCGUAUACUCCUCCAUCCCCGAUUGAAACCUUCGCCAUCAGCAACCAAAACCAGUCGUGCACAAGUCACCACUCCAUCUACUCUCAGCGCAGGGACUACGACCCAAUGAACAUGCAUCCAUAUGAUUCAUGAACUCUUCUCCACAUGAGAGAUAAAGACAAGCCGUCUUUCGUCAACCGUGUGUUGAUUGCGUCAACAACUUGCACAAGGACAGGGAGGGUUCGCGAUGCGGCAGGUUCAGCUGGCAGACCGGGGGCAGUGUGAUUAGUCUGACAUACGUUUACUGUCCAGCGUGCACAGUGGGAGGAGGAGGAGGGCGACGUCCACGACGUAGGAUGACUUGUUAUGUUUACAAAGGGAAGACGGACGUGGAUACAAACCAAUGAUCACCUUCACAGCGCCGUGCAUUGCUCUCCUGUGUGUUCUGCUGUUGGACUUGUGCAGGGUGAAUAGCCUUGGUUGUUUCACAUGUACUUCUCUGAACGGAAGUGACCCCUCCUGCCGUGACCCCUUCAAUCCUGUCCACGUGAACUACGAGACCAAAUGCAAGCAGGGCAUGGAAGGCAGAGUCGGUACAUUUCCGGCCAAAUAUUGCACCAAGAUCAAAGGCGUGAGAGUUGACACCCAGUCCGAGAUGCUGGUCCGGUCUUGUGGCAUGGAGUCGAUGCUCAACACCUGCGGCUUGUUUCGGUUCAAGGAACACGACUACCACGGCUGUCUAAUGUCGUGUAAGGCUAACGCUUGUAACGAGGCUAGUGCACUACGUCAUAUGACGUCAAACAUAGUUGUGUUUACGGUGUCAGCUCUAGUUAUAGGCAAAAACAGUUGACCUUGACCUUUGGAUCCACAGGAAGACUGACGUUUCAAGAAUGACGGUACUGUUAUAAUCAUUACUCGCAUCACUCAAUGUGUGACGUCACAGACACAUGUGGCGUAGACACGUCACGGCUGAACACAUGUGUAUUGUCUACCAAGGAUGGGUAUUCGAUGGACGUGGAAAUUGCACGUUUCUAGAUAGCGUUUGGACGGUGCAUCAUGGCGUCACAGAGCAAAAGGGAUCGGAUGUAUCAACAUUCAUUUGACUGUGACUUACUUUCAUCGAGGCGUAAUGUUGAGAAAAUGUGUCUUAGCUUGGUAAUCAAAUAUGAGUACAAUUGUCUAUAUUUUCUUUAUUUCACGUUGCGACCGCAUAAGAUCAACGAAGACAUUGAUUUAUGUAUAUAUUAUGUUGGUUGGUUGAUUGGUUUAACGCCGCACUCAGCAAUAUUCCAGCUAUAU